UUUGGAUAAAAAAUUCCUCAAUUACAUGGGGUACAUAACCUUAAACUUUAGAACCUCUAAGGGUUUCCUUCCCAAAAAAAAAAAAAAAAACUAAGCUUCCAUCACUCAUACGGAACUCUGAGGCUCGAAUGUAUCUUCAAAGCUCGUUCCAGGUCUCAACUAUUGCCUCAUGUUCCAAUUCGUGGUUUCUUGAUAGAGGGAGAAUGUGUCCUCUAUCAGUAAGGUCUCGUUCACACAGUAUAAGAUGUCAAAAGGAAGACGGCAACUUUGAGGAAGUAUCUGUUGAGCGUGCACCAUAUUACAGCUAUAUGGAUUCUACAUCUGGGCGGCUUGAACCUGCCUCUGGUGCACGUGCAAGUAUUCCAGGACAGGACUACUGGCCUGAAGGCACCGCUGAUCGAGUUAGGGCUGCGAGAGCUCCAGAACCAAAAGGAGAGUCAACAAGUGCUUCGUCCUUCGGAAAGAAGCCUGGAAGCAGGCGUAAAAACUAUAAAGGAUCAGCUGCUUGUGCUGGCUCUCAAGAACCAAGUCUAGUCUCUUCAGACCCAGUUGUAACAGAGAUUUCAGGUGAUGCUCUUGAUGAUCUAAUAGAAGAUUCGUCAGAGUAUGUGAUUUAUCAGACAGAGCCUGAAAGAGAGGAGCUAAGUGAAUAUGAGCUGGAUAAAAAACUUGGACGUCCUCAUCCAUUUGUUGAUCCAAAAUUUAAAAAGCCAAAAGAUGACCCACUUACUAGUGAUGAUCUUUGGUGGAAUUGGAGAAAGCCCGACAAGGAGCAAUGGUCUAGAUGGCAAAGGAGGAAACCUGAUGUUGAAUCGGUUUUCCUCAAAGCUAUGGCCGAGACUGGGCAGGUGAAGCUUUAUGGCGAGCAUCCAACACUAACAGAGACUUCCCUCUACAGAGCUAGGCGUCAUCUCUUCAAAGAGGAAAGGCUAAAAGCUGAACAGGAGAAAUUAGAGAAUGUAGGCCCCAUGGCAUAUUAUUCAGAAUGGGUUAAAGCAUGGAAGAGAGAUACUUCGCGUGAAGCUAUUCAGAAACAUUAUGAAGAAACUGGUGAAGAUGAGAAUACACAACUUAUUGAAAUGCUAUGUCAUCAGACAGAUAGAGAAUAUCGCAUAAUGAUGGGGACUGAUAUCCGUAUUCGCAGGGAUCCUUUGGCGAUGCGCAUGCGUGAGGAUCAAAUCAAGCAAAUCUGGGGUGGGGAUCCAGUUUAUCCAACUGUUAAUUACAUUCAAGAACCGGAUGCUGUGAUGGAUUAUAGAGGUCCAGAUUUUCAUGAACCUACGCCUAACAUGCUGGCUCAUCUUAAGGAGCACGGAAAAAUCAUUUCAAGGGAUGAGCUAGAAAAGAUUUUGGCCAAAGAGAAGACUGAAGAGCUUGAGAUGCCAGAUAUCGAUGAAGCUAUGGCACGUGCUGUCGACAUUGGUGAGAAUGAGGAUGAGGAUGAAGAUAGUAGCUUGGAAGGGAAUGAUAAUGAGGAGAAGAUUAAUAGAAACUGGAGUGUCCUAAAAAGCACUCCUCAGCUUCGCAAGUCAAAGGUGAACAGUUGGCAGUUGGCACUAUCCAUAAGUGCCCAGCACACUUGAAGCAAGAACCGUACAUCUCUCCUGAUCUAUGUAGUCCUUUCAUCUUGAGGAAAGCAUGGAAUACUGUAUUCACAGAUGCGCACCUAAGCUUUUUCUGGAUUGUUAUUGACCGGAAUCUCAUGUUGGGUGGGAGGGGGAUGAAUUAAAUUGUCUGCAUUUCUCUUGUUGUUUAUUUCUUUCUUGGGGUGGGGGGAGGCAAAUUUUAGGUGUCAGUAAGGGAUUUUAUCAACGUAAGUACCCAAGAGAGGAUCUCUCUCUAUAUUUCAGAAAUGCAUAAAAACGAUGUAGGGAAUCCAUCCGAUCAUGAAGCUCAUCAAUGGUCGUUUUAGCACAUAUAUCUUGCACACUUUCAGCAGCAACACUUGCUUGUCUGUUGGAGUCCAUAUGUUCAUGCUGACGCAACAUGGUAACGUCGUUCCAGCUGCUACCCACGCUUUGAAAAGUUUACUUGCAUUAUAAAAUGUGAUAGCUUUUACAAGUGUUGUGUUGUCAUUCCUUUUCCUAAUUCUCUCAUGUUAUUUGCAUUCUUAUGAGAAACAUUAGUUACUAUCCUUUCUUCUUUUGUUAUUUUCCCCCCUUAGUGAGAGGUGGUAAGUGAGGAUGGGUAACCUCUAGUAAUCAUCAGCAACUAGGGUAUGAACCAUACUCCAGAGUCCGCCCUUUCCCAAACAAACCAAAAAAGAAAAAGAAGCAAAAUGAAAGGUGGUAAGCGGAUAUGGUCAAUAUCACCGUGCUAGGCCUGGCCCCAAAUACUUAAGACACCAAUAUUUGUCAUGUCGGUACAAGGUAACAGAAUAACUUCAAUAGGUUGUAUAUUGGUUAAUACCUAUGUGCAAAGGGAGAUAUAUCCAUAUUCCAUCUGUGGUGUUAUAUCUGGUUGUCUACUUGCAUCCAUAGAGUUAUGGAUCACUAAGGCUAAUGCUAGUUCAGGCUCACUUAUCAUUCUAAAAACAGAAGGUGAUUGGAUUCUUCUUUGAAUAGAAAUUGAGUACAUGAUGGUCUAAAAGCGAUAUUAGUGCAAUUUACAGGUUGCAGCUGGUAUUUAAUGGUGCAAGUUUGAUUUGCUUACCCAGAUCCAGGAACUCUGUAGUCUAAUAAUUGCAAACUGUUGAUGUGAUAUACUAUAUUCAGAAAAUUUUCUUUUACUCUUGAUACUUCCAGGAUAAAUCUAAGAAGAAAGACUCCAUGUCAUUGGAUGAGGCUGUAGAUGAUUCAGAAAAUUUAACUGAUUUUCUGCUGGACUUUGAUGA